AUGGAAAUUCGGUCUUGUAGCAACGAAAACCGCUCUUCUGCCCUGCUCAAGGAUCUGAUGGCCGAGUUCACACCACAAUUACAGCUAUUGAACCCCAGUCACUUCGCAUUUGAGGGCUUCAUCAAUACGUAUUGGCGCCGGCGCAUAUCGCAGCUGUACAUUGAAGAUCCCAUGAUUGUGGAUGAUCUCCACCAGCACCAGGCAUUCCAGGGAUUUGGGGUUUCUUCUCCUUCACCAACAAGAGUGUUGCCCGAAGUUGUGCAUCAAUUUCUAGGGAAGGAUUUUCAUUUACUGGGUCCCCAUGAUACUAUCUCUGAUGAAGAAUGCAUUUCAGAAGUAUCAAGGUACAUGGGUAUGCAAUGUGAAGGGCGGACAGCGAUUGAACUCAAACAUAUCUAG